CAUGUCAGGACCAGCGUCAGAACUCAGAGGAUAUCCUGGCGUCACCGCGUCACCUUCACGCGCCUCCUCGCGGCGACACACUACAGUGACUACACACUACAUUUCUGACACACUACAAGCCUCCAGCCAUGAAGAACACGCCCGCCUUCCUCCUCCUCCUCCUCCUCGUCCUCCCUCUGCUGCUGCUACUGCCGCAGGAGAGAUGCCAUACCCGUGCCCUGGCCCUGCAAUGUCCCCACAGUUUCCAAACCGUGGGCAAUGGCUACUUCUACAUUACCAAUGCAUCCACAACCGAAGGUGAACAAAUUAACACAACCAUGUACGUGCGCCCCCAGCAAGGCCUGAAAGUCUUGCUGGGAGUGGAAGGGAGCGCCAAGUACUACGCCUGGUUCUUCCUGGAAAAAGACUGUUUCAAGGGUGACCGGCAGUGGUGGGACGAACUGUGGGUGAAAGUGAAGCGUAUGGGCACAAACACAUUUUUCAAUCAAGUGUUGACAACUUACAAACUUCAGGUGAGGACAAGCACGUGUAUCAAGUCGUGUACCAGGGAAGUCUACAUGCAAGGUGUUGACAGCCUCCACGUCUUGGCUUCCAGUGCCUCACAAUGGAGACUUGACCACCCGGGGACACACUGCGGCCACAUUUAUCAAAGGAUGAGAGGCAACGACCGGUGGCCCUUCCCCACGUGCACAGAUGUAAACCCUUCAUCGCUCGUAACAACCCAUGUCAAGUUCACAACAACCCCUAACAAGCCAAGAACCUCUACCAAACCGACAACCAUUACCAAUCCCACAACAACCCCUACCAACCCAACAACCCCUAUCAAACCCACAACAACCCCUACCAAGCCCACAACAACCCCUAUCAAGCCCACGACAAUCCAUGCCAUGUCCACAACCCCUACCAAGCUCACAACAAUCACAACCACUGCUACGCUCAUAACAACCCCUGCCACGCCCACAACAACCUCUGCCACGCCCACAGCCGCUCAGGUUAUCGGAAUUAUUGGGGGGGUAGUUGGAGGAAUUGUAGUUGUGGCAGUUAUUAUGGUGAGGAAGCAGCGUGAUGAAACAGCAACGGAAGAUGUAGCAAUGCACCCAUAGAACACGUAAUCGCCACGUGAAGAAAAUGUGAACAGCCUGUAUGAACCUACUUACAGGCAAGAACCCCUGUAUGAAAAUGUUGACAGGCAAGGAUUCGUCAACAGUCUGUAUGGAACUGUUGACAGGCAAGGAUCCGUCAACAACCUGUAUGGAACUGUUGACAGGCAAGGAUCCGUCAACAGCCUGUAUGAACCUUUUGAAAAGUUUCGAGGCUCACAGUAGGGGCCAGCAUUAACAAUACUGCAAGACAAGUGGGUGUUGUUUGGCUCGUGAGUGCCCACUGCCCACACGCUUCACAAGGAACACACUGUGGGACAUGAGGGAAAUGAUGAGAUCAACAAAACAAAAUGCUCAAGGGAAACAAAGAAGUUAUUUUUCCUCUAAUUGUAUUCAUAACUGGAAUGAUCUACAACAAGACAUAUUGAUGACACACACACACACACACACACACACACACACCAGCAGAUGACCAUAGAUGAAACACACACACACACACACACACACACACACACACACCAGCAGAUGACCAUAGAUGAAACACACACACACACACACACACACACACACCAGCAGAUGACCAUAGAUGAAACACACACACACACACACACACACACACCAGCAGAUGACCAUAGAUGAAACACACACACACACACACACACACACACA